GUGUGCGCAGGCCUGCGGCGCUGGGCGGGCCCGGGCCCUCCCACGCUGACCCCGCGGUGCUCCCCCCCGCGCCCGCCCUUAUAUCCGCCCCUCGCCGCCCUUCCCGCGGCGGAGGCGCGGGCUUCUGGGCGCUUGGCGGCUUCUGCGGGUCGGCGGCGUGAGGGCCUCCCUGCGGCGUGUUGUCCGCGCCGCCGGCCCCUUGCGCGCCCGCCCUCCCUGCCGGCUGUCGUGGGGGGUCUGCGCCCGGGCCGAGCUCCCGCUCGCGUUGCCCCGCCGGCCGGGGAGCCCCGCACCGCUUCGACGGCGGCUUCGCCGGACCCGCGGGCCGGGUCGCAGCCCGCGCCGCAAGCGCACGGCGUCAUGAGGCACCUGCCGUACUUCUGCCGCGGCCAGGUGGUGCGGGGCUUCGGCCGCGGCUCCAAGCAGCUGGGCAUCCCCACAGCUAAUUUUCCAGAACAAGUAGUUGAUAAUCUUCCAGCUGAUGUAUCCACUGGCAUUUAUUAUGGUUGGGCCAGUGUUGGAAGUGGAGAUGUUCAUAAGAUGGUGGUGAGCAUAGGAUGGAACCCAUACUACAAGAAUACAAAAAAGUCUAUGGAAACCCAUAUCAUACAUACGUUCAAAGAAGACUUUUAUGGGGAAAUCCUCAAUGUAGCCAUUGUUGGCUACCUCAGACCAGAAAAGAACUUUGAUUCUUUAGAGUCCCUUAUUUCAGCAAUUCAAGGUGAUAUUGAGGAAGCUAAGAAACGACUAGAUUUGCCAGAACAUUUGAAAUUCAAAGAAGACAAUUUCUUCCAGGUUCCCAAAAACAAAAUAUUGAACGGCCACUGAUAAAGACAGAUCAUUCUUAUUUAUUCAUUCACUGUUUUCUAGUAUUUUACUGCUCAUAACUCCUCAGUUAAAUUUUGAAAAUCAAACAUUUUCCUACAGCUGCAAAUUAGUUUAAACAGUAUAAUAUCUAUCACAUUAUACUUCAACCAUUCAAAUUAAACUCAUCAUGCUAUAUAGUACUAAGUGAUUCAUUUUAAAAAUCAAGAUUCUUUUUUAUGUAAUAUGUUGAUUAGGAUGUACCACUAGAAAGGUCUUAAGUGUCUUAUAAUGGAAAUGAAAUGUAUAUAAGUAUGGGUAAAAAGGUAGUUCACUAGAUUUGAGAUGAGAACUAAUAAUUCUCAUGGUACAUCGUAGCAUGUAUGUACUUGUAUAGUGUGUCAUGCUGAAUGGAGGAGGCAUAUAAAAGUAAAUAUAUUCAACGAAGUUUUGAGAGUUGAUUAUAAACCUAAGGGGGAAAAUCUAGACUUUAUAUUUUUGAUAUUUUGUGCAUUAGUAUAUUAUCACAAAAGUAGAUGUGUGAAGUUUUUCGUAUGAAAUUUCAUAGUUUGUCAUUUUCUUUGAAGUCAAAUCAUUGCACUGUGUUUUUUCUUUUUCUUUUUCUUUUUUUUUUACAGGUGUCUCAGUUCUAAUUGGUCUAGACUCCUUUGUCAUUUUUUGUUUACCUCCUGAAGUAGUGAAAUGAGUGUUUUUCUAAUUUCUAGGUCUCAUUUUUGUAUUGGAUAACACUUCUCUUUUUAAGAGUAGAUGUUCAACAUUACUCUUGACUUUGGUUCUUUUUUCCUUGAAACCGUUGUCCAUGUCAGCUUUUUUUCUUUCUCAUUUACAAUUGUUCACUUAGACAAAAGAUUGCAUCUAUAUCUAUCAUUCCAUCCCUUCACUAUAUAAAGUGAUUAAGUGCAUAUCCAUAUUGCAUUUUAGGAAAAAUAUCACCAAAACUUCAUCUUUAGGUUUCCUCAAGUUGAACACACAGCAGUUCAUGUGUAUAUACCAGCUUCUUAACAUGAAACAUUUGUUUUCCCUCUAGGGAGCCCAUUUAAGAGCCAAUUAAAUUAUGAAAGUUAUUUAUUUUUAAUGUAAUUAUAUAUUCCUGAGCAAGUGUAAACUGUUGUAGCUGUGUACGCACAAUGUAAUUUAAUGCUAAACAGUGCUUAUAGCUUGGGGGAAAGGCAUAAGUAAUAAAGUUUUAGUUAAAUAAUCCUCAUACUAUGCAUUUUUUUUUCCUCCUAAGAAGUAAUUUUUGGCUACUUGAGACUCUUAUUUAUAUUGGCGGAAAGUUGAAAUCUUUAGAUAUUUAAGAAAUUAAGAUUACAGAUUGUUUGAGCCCCCUGAAAGAAUAUAUUGCAUUAUUGUUCACUUAAGCACCAGAUUUGGUGUGGGGGAAAAGGAGCAGAAGUAUAGAGAAGGUAAUUUUAAAGGUAACUUAUUACAAAUCAUUUUCCCAAAUCUGCAUAUAUAAAGGAUUUUAACAAAAAUACAAAGUAUUUAGAAAAACACCUAAAACAUCUGGAGAAAGGGGAAGCAUGGAUAAAUUUAGUUGGAUUGUGUUUUACUUUUUGGUAUAUGAAUUUAUGGCAAACAAUGUAUGUGUCUUUCUUUUAUAAAACUUAGAAAAUGUAAUUUAAUGUUAGAGAUCCUAUACUUGAAAGAAGCCUCAAUUAUUAGUGGCUUUAUAAAGCAAAGAUAAAAACAGUCAAGGAAAGUGUAAAAACAGAUUUGUAUUUGUUUGCAUAGCCUGCUGCUAAUUAUGUCCUCAUUAAGUGUGUGAAGUCUUUGAUAUUGUCACCUUACAAUUUGAAAAUUGUAUAUUGUGAGGUUUAAGAGUUGGUUAAUAGUGUCUACACUUCUCAAAGUUUUAUAUUAAGUAUGUAAUAUAAGAAAUUAUAGUAGUACCAUUUUUGAUUAACCUGAUUUCAGGCCUUGAAAUAAAUCUUAUGUAAGUGA